ACUCACACCCAGACAUAAACAAGCAGAAAACGGAAAUGGAAUGACAGAGGCUGUGUUUUAACCAGGCUGACAUGUUGCCCGCAGUAGUGUCGCCUCCCGGGUGAAGCUGGAAUAAUGGAAGAGGAGGAGCAGCUGCGCUCUUUGAUGUUUCUCGUGACUUACAUGCUGCUGAAGCGCAUGAGAGACAUAAACGACGCAAACAUUCAGAGACGCAACGAGAUCCAAAGACGCAUCAGACACCGACAGUACUUCUUCCAGAGACAGAGGAGGAUGCUCAUGAUGAUGAUAGCGGGAGGUAUCCGCUCCAAUGCCCGCAUCCGCACUCGCCCCUGGACCACCACUCCAAGCACAGACUGGUGGGAGCGGGUUGUCAUGACAGAAUUCCAGCCCUCUGAUUGGCUGGAUAAGUUCCGCAUGAACCGGGAGACGUUCUUCUACCUCUGCGACAAGCUGAGGCCCCGCCUGGCUCGACAGAACACCAGCUUCCGCCUGGCGCUGCCGGUGGAGAAGCGCGUAGCUGUAGCUUUGUGGCGCCUGGCAUCCAACAUCGAGUACCGCACCAUCAGCGCCUUGUUCGGUGUGGGGAAGUCCACCGUGUGCAGGUGCGUUAGAGACAUGUGUCACGCCAUCGUGGCGCUCCUCAGCUCCAUCUACCUCCGAUCGCCAGGUGAGCAGGAGCUGGAGGAUUCAGCUCAGCUGUUCCUGUCUCACUGGGGUUUCCCUCACUGCGUCGCUGCUAUAGCAACACUCCACACAGCUAUUAUCACCCCAUCAAACAACGCGUCUGACUACGCCAACCCUGCCGGCUGGCUCUCAGUCAUGUCACAGGUGGCUGUUAGCGGUCAGGGGCACUUCUGGGAUGUAUGUGCCAGUUUCCCAGGUGGGACAGAUCCAGCUGAGAUCUUACAGAACUCUUCGCUAUGGGCAACAGCUGCUGAGGGUGGACUCUCACCUGCCCCACCACCUACAUUCAUGGGAAAAUCACUCAGGUAUGUGUUGCUGGGUGAGGCCUGUUACCCGCUCCAGAGCUGGCUGAUGAAGGCCUAUCCUGAGGAACAGGGCAGGACGGCGAGUCGUACGGCACUGACGGAGCAGCAGCAGCUGUUUAAUGGACGGCUCGCCCGAGCGCUGCGCGUGUCUCAGGAGGCGCUGCUGAGGCUGAGGGCACGCUGGCAGUGCCUCAGCAAGAGGAACGACUGCGGACUGGACGUGGUGCCCACCAUGAUCCUAGCUUGCUGCAUUCUGCACAACAUGUGCGAGUCCCAUGGGGACGCAUUUAAAGCGGAGUGGCAGGUGGAGGUGGCCGAGGCAGAGAGUCCCCAACCCAGCCACAAACAGCUUCUGUCUACUAGCAUGAACCAAAGUAAUGCUGAGGAAGUCAGGCAGCUCUUCUGUGACUAUUUUGAAGAGCAAAAUAAGCUAAAUAAUUGAAUGUUUUUUUCCAUGUGCAAUUACACCUUUUGUUACAUUACCAGCAUGACUGGAUUACUGUAAUAAGAAUCUCAAUCUGUUGCUUUUUUUUAAUAUUUACCUAACUUUACUUAAAUUUAUGUCAUUAAAAUUUUUAUUCGGCUCUCGAA